AUGGAUCUACUACCACGAACCAGAACGCGUCCUAUGCCUUCUCUUGUUUCUGGUGAUUUUAUCAUCACCACCACAACUUCUUUAGAUAAAGACCUUCUUCACCAAAUAAAUUGGGAAAAAACGGUCUUUGUUGUAGAUACGCCCCCUACUGGGUUUAUUACACGUAUAAUUCAAGAAUUCCAACAAAUCUACCCACAAGCCCACCUUUCCCAUCUUGUGGCACCUUCUCCCACCUCACCCGAUACUUCCGAACAAAAGACUGAUCAAAACCUAAAUCAAAACUCAAAUCAAAAUCAAAACCAAAAGAUUAACACCAUCCCAAAUCCACUCCAUUCUAUUAUUCUUACUUAUCAAGAUUGGAAUUUUUGGCAAUCAAAAUUACCCAUCUACUCCCAUUAUGUCUUCAUUAAUAUUAACCGGACAGCCGCCAAAGAAAAGAUCUUACAAACUAUGACUCAUCUAUCUCACUCCAACUCAACUCACUCCAACUCAACUCAAUCUAAACCGGUCUUUUUCUUCUACAGUAAUGUUUAUAAGCUAGAAAGUAUUUCAAAAUUACAACAACUAUCUUUUAAUCGUAUUUUGCCUAAAAAGGAAGGAUUUGGUCUAGCUCGAUCUCUUAGAGCUUUUGGUCGUACUGCUGAAGUUAUCUUUGCUGGUCAGCCCCAUCUUAAACCUAACGCUUUCUUAGUAGCUUUAGAUAGAGACAUUACUGUACCUUGCUUAGUUGUAGCUAACUCAGCUACUAGUCUAGAUACGGCUGCUGCCACUAUCCAACGCCUACCUCUUCUGGCUAACAAAACCACUACCUCUCUACCUGAGUUCGUAGCUAAACGAGCCUGGAUUCUUCUACUUACGUAUGAAGACUUACCUGGCCUGAUUAAUGGUCCUUUCUUUGACGAUCUUAGAUCCUUAGUCCAGUCUCUAGUGGCCUUCGACUGCACCGAUAAGAUCCGCACAGUCCUAAACAUGCACCAACUAUCUACCCAUGUUUUCUCACUUUGCACCACCCAGGACCGGACUCGCGCCAAAUACAUGACUCAUAGUCUCCCGGAUUUUGGUAUCAAUCUGGAGCCGACCGCCCAACACUUACACGAUGAGUUAGACCAAUAA